GCUUGCCAAGGAAGCACGCGCCGCGCGCCCGCGAACCGAAACGUGCACUAAAACACCCUUUUAAAAAAAACAUAAAUUAAAAAGUUCUCCUCCUUACAUCUCCCUCCAGUUUUGAAAUUUCGAAUAGUUUUUUUUUCUGUGGUUUGUGUUGUGAGUGUGGCCACGUGACGAAAGGUAAAGAUCCAAGAUAUGAACUAACACUAAAAUCAGAGAAAGCUGACCAUACACACACGCAAUAGCAAUGCAAACAAUUCAUACCAAAAUUUAAAACAGCAGAUCUUCAAAAACAACCCCAGUGUUUAGUUUCUCCAAAAUAAUGUGUUAAAAUUUUCCAAUUACAAUUUCCACUAGUUCAAAAUGUCUUUAUUAAAUAGAUAGUGACAGUGAAAUAAUAUAGUUACUUAAUAUUUUAGUGAGUAUUAUAAUAAACAGUAUUAAGUGAAACAGUGACAGUUUAGUUGAAUAAAUUAAAAAUGGAAGCCUUAGAAAGGAGAGGAAAUGUGAUGGCGAUUGCAACGAUGCUGUUCAUAGUAUUUUCAUCACAAUGUGGUGGCGUGGCCGGGCACCGCAACUCGACCAAGAUGUCGUACGUGUGUCCUCCGCAGUUCAUCCGACUCGGCCACAGCUGCUACUUCUUCAGCGACAACAAGGCCACCUGGCAGAACGCACUCUUUGCUUGCAAGGACCGAGACAGCAACCUGUCUGUGCCGGCGCGCUGGGAGGACAGAAACCUUCGCAAAUACCUCAACAAACCCGAACUCGACAAAGCGAGCCGCUGGAUAGGCGGUAUUUACGACUACGGCGCGCGCGCAUGGAAAUGGGGCGGCGAGCUGCGCAGCAUGCACUACCAGUCCUUCUCUAAGAUGAAGAAGCUUUCUCCCGAGGAACUGCAGUGGCACUGCAUCGCCAUGAUGCCCGAACUACUUUAUAGAUGGGCGCCACGAAGCUGCAUCGAGCCACGCCAGUUCAUCUGCCAAACGAAACUACGAAAGGUCCCGAAAUCGAAAGUCAAAGAUUGGAAACGUCGUUGGGGGAGUAUGGGUGCGAUCAACGAGAUAACGGCUCCUAGUGUGAGCAGGGAGAUCAAUGACCCGAGAGUGAAUGACGUCACAGCAAACCCGGUGUUGAACCCCAAGUCCUACGAUCUGAAGCCGAGUCCUCUACGGCAGUGGCCGAAGCACAAGAUGAUGAAAAACACCACUAGGGGGCUAAGGACUUCGAUGUACGUGAGGUCGAAGAAGCGGUCGCGACCGGCCCCACGACGUAGGCUGACGAGACCGUUCCCUGGUUACCACUGGAACCGGCGCGACCCUGAAGGCUCCUACCGCUACAAUGAACAACUCCUGCGAUCCGGCCGCCUCAUGCUGAGUCCCCAACAAGUCAAGGGUCACCUCGCCCGCCUACAGCACAUGAGGGACAAGCAGCUCGCCAGACACAAACGCCUGCGCAACCGCGCCGAUUUCCUUGAAAACUCUCGCCCAGCCCUAGCUCAGACCCACGCAAGGACGUAUACAGUAGACAACAACAUUAGUGCACUCCAUCCAAAGACGAUUGUUGAAGAGUUCGACAUGCCUAUGCCGUCUCCUGUAGUGCCUGUAGUGAGGGCCAACAGAGCAGCAUUCGUAGGGUAAUCACACGAUCUUGUUCCUUAGGGUGUAUGCAAACUUAUCGAUGAGGAAACGGCUUAAGCUUACAGGAUCAAUAAUAUAUUACACUGACAUUGAUCACAUCCCGUUAACCUUUUAUUGAUAAUAGAAUGACGAAGACCGGCCAAAUCUAGAUAUGCGACUUACAUCUUUAUGCCGGUUAAUAAGUUGAUCGAAACGGCUUAAGUUAAUUUCAUAUCGAUAAUUUUGAGAACUCUUUAGUGUAGUCCUGGCACGCUCUAUACUAUUUUUCAAAGUACUCGUUGUAAACAUUUUUGAUACUUGUUCAUAAAAUAUAUGUUAGUAACUAGUUGCUUUAGCGAUAGAGCAGGACCUUACUAAUUGUUGUGUCACGCUUGCUAUGAGUACUAAAAAUACACUUUGAAAGAUUCAACUUUGUCACAUCUAUAUAUGAAUCAUUGUUUUUAAAAGCGUUUAAUGAAACCAUGAAUAUGUUUAAUAGUUAGGUUUGCAGACAUGUACUCAAAAUAGUUGUUCAUUUACCGGAAUAAAAAAGUUAUAUGUAGAUAGGCUUAAUAAGUCGCUACCGUAUCGAUAACUUGGAGCCCCGCCCUAAUGUUUAAGCCACCUUCCACACGAGCGUGCCAUAUCCUUAUUCUGUAGUUUAACUCAUGCUUUUAGACUUGGAUCUUAUAAAUCGAAACUGCUGAAUGUUCAGCAAGUUUUGUAUUCUAUUCCUCCCUGGCCUUAUUUAAUAAAAAUGGCAAUUGUAAAUUACAAUUACAAUUUGGUGAGCGUUACGUAUCCGAUAUGAAGCUUCAAAAUAAACUGUUACACGCGGCACCGUACAUUACAUAGAAUUGUAAUUGUAAUUUACAAUUAUUAUUGUAAUGUGUAUUGAAUAAGGCUCUUGUAUUGUAUAGUGUUCUUCUCCUCUUUACCUUUAGAGUGGCCAGAACAUACGUUCCACUAUGUAUGUAUGUACCACUUGUAUUCUCUUUCUUAUUAUGUGUAAGAAAUGUAUUUGCGAAGUGUUGUAGAAUAAAAGUAUUAUAACAUUAAUGUCUUAUACGAUCAGCUGUAGAUUUAGGCAAUUAUCAUAGCUUCUUCGUAAAAAAGAGGCCAUAAUAAAAACCUAUAGGUAUCUAGGGUAGGUUUUUCUUUGUAGGUUGGUCACAUAGAGCAACACGGACGUUAUCUACUUAAUUAUAAAUUACAAAUCUCCUUUUCUCUCUUUUUAUUUUUGAAAUCGGCACAAUCUCUACACCUCUACAAUUUAAAAUGUUAGGUAUUGAAAUAAAAUCUUACCCUAAGUCACAGCUGUUUGUGGAGACUUUCUUAAGUAAUUGAAUUUCAUAAUUAAUUAGCUGCUCUUCUAUUUAUACAUAAAGGUACAAUUCCAUUAAGUUGACAGUUUAUUUAAUAAUAAUUGUUUUUAUUCAGAAUAAAUGUUUAAUUUUGUAUUUAUAAAUACUAGUCAGUAAGAUUAUUUCAGAAAAUAAUAUUACAUUGAGUAAAUGAAUACUAAUUUUAUUUUAAGUACCUACAGUAACAAUAAAAUAAGUUUAUUUUUAAAUUAUAGAUUAUGAAAACACCAAUACAUAGAACACGUUUUAUUUUUAUCAAGAAUAAUUUAAAAGCAAUAAUACCGUAUUUUGUCUCAUCGUUUUAAGCGUAUUUAUAUUUUAAAAUUAAAUCGUGUCGUCGUACUAAGUAUUGGCAUUUCAUAAUUAAUAAAUGCUAGAAUUAUUUUCCAGUUUUAUAAUUGUAUUUGUAACUGCCGAUUAUUAGUCCUCGCAUUUAUGGCGGAAUCAUUUUUAGACUACAAAUAAUUAAGUGCAGUUGUUCUAAAUAUGAUUUCGUGUAGUUUAAGAAAAUAAUUAUAACAUUAUAGUUCAGCUAUCUCGCUUUAAUAAAUAUAAUCUGUAUCGGCCUUAAGCCAAAAUUACAAUCAAAUAUUACGAAAUCUAUAAAAAAAAACUCUAAAGCGACUUACAUAAUAAGAAUGUGUAUAAGCUAGUCUGAUAUAACAGAAUAAAUUAAAUAAAUAUAUUACUAUUACUAGUAUUCACUUACCUCAACGAAGUAAAAAUAUCUUUUUUCUAAGUGUUUUCAAUGUCUCUUUACUCUUUUGUAAAUAAACGCUGCAAAUGAUUUUAGAAACUUGAAAUCUAGUACCUAGUUGAACUUUAAUAUUUUAAGCAUAAAAUAAAUUAACCAUUAAUUUGUAAGGAACAAAACAUUUUUUUUUUGUUAUUUUAAGUAUAUUCGCGUAUUAUUUUAAAACUAAGAAGUAAAUAAAGAAAUAUUUGAGCAGA